CUAUCUAUCCUUACAUCAAUCAGGUUUGUAUCCUUUACCAAAUCAAAAUCAUCCUUGUUUCAACGUUCCAUAUAGCUUGUCAGUGAGUUGGACAUCACUGGCGGUGAUGAGCGGAAAGUCGGCAAGUAAUCACCUUUGUGCGCGAAACAAGCAUCUGAUGCCGUUCCUUUGAAAUACAGGAUAUUAUGCGGGGCUGAUCGUAAGUUGCGUCUGUCGUGGCAUCUCCACGCGUAACUCUACUCUAAUCUUUAUCAAACAUGAUAGGAGUCUCUUUUCUUUGCCACUCAGGCGCUGACCACCUUGCAUUGGAGCCGUGCUUCGGAUCGUGUUGGCCGUAAACCUGUUCUCUUGAUAGGGAUCUUCGGGCUCUCCCUAUCAAUGUUGUGUUUUGGAUUAUCCAAGACACUGUUGCGGCUGAUUCUCAGUCGUUGCAUUACUGGAGCCUUGAAUGGUGGCAGUGGAGUCAUAAAGAGUAUGAUGGGUGAACUCACUGAUUCUACCAACAUGGCGCAAGGCUUUGCCCUGAUACCUAUUACGUGGUCCUUAGGUGCUACUAUGGGUCCUAUGAUUGGUGGAACUCUAGAACACCCUCAAUAUCAUUUUCCUAAUCUAUUCCGUGGCGCAUUCUGGUCGCAGUUCCCAUACUUCCUUCCUAGCGCUGUUGCUGCAGCAUUUGCAGUGGCAAGUUUCCUGACAAUCCUCUUCUUCUUAAAAGAGACACUGCCCAGACAACAGUCGCAAGAGAAAUCCACGUCUACUCUCAACGUCGAAGCCCCCAACGUUCCCGUAAAUGUCGUCAAGGACUCACCUAUGUCUAUGCGUUCGCUCUUUGUGCCAUCCGUACUGAUCCCUAUCGCCAACUAUGGGUGCAUCGCCAUUCUAGACAUGGUCAUAUAUGCACUUCAGCCUCUCUUUUAUUCCACGCCAAUCGAACUUGGUGGCCUCGGAUUCGAUCCUGUUGCUAUCGGGUUUUGGAUGGGAACUUGCGGCAUUGUCGACGCUGCCUUGCUCACAAUCAUUUUUCCACCACUGGUAAACAAAUUCGGUCUCAGGGCCGUUUUUCGCUCUUGCGAAGCAUGUUUUAUUCCUAUCUUUGCUCUCUUCCCCAUCACCAACAUCAUUGCACGCCAGUAUGGAAUCAACUGGCUUGUCUGGUUUUCCCUCACGUGUUCGCUGAUACUAGGUGUUUUCAUGCAUAUGACGUUCACUUGUAGCCAGAUGUUCAUUACCGCAGCCGCUCCCAACAGGCGAUCCUUGGGAGCUACGAAUGGUCUUGCGUCAAUGACAGCAUCCAUCGUUCGAGCUGUUGGCCCUGCCAUGUCCACCUCGAUGUUCGCCUACUCUGUUCAGCAUAACAUCAUGGGUGGUUACGCCGUCUAUGCCGUCCUUGUGACUAUGAGUGUCUUUGCUGUGAGGUUUGCUGGCACACUCCCGGGAAGCAUUCAAAAGGAGGCAUGAUUUGCGGCACCAUAUUGAUAUAGUGAUUGAUUCACGCCACUCCGUGAUUUCCAGGUUUGCUUUGGGUUGUUAUACACUACACAAGAUCACGAAGUACGAUACUUUGUUCCAUCUAUGCACACGAAAAGCAAGGCGUUCUUUGCACUCAGAGACGCGUUAGGGAUAUCGGGAGUUCCAUAGACUGGAUCUAGAUUGAAUUGUCAUACAUAUUAUUACAUAGAGUAUGUCUCUCAAACAGGACAACAACUGUAUUUUUUUUAAAAAGGUGUUCAUUUAUACAGCUUAUGUGCUGAUCCCUCGGAAAGCUAUCCAGAGAGGAGAGGUGCAAAAUAGUGUAGGACAAUUAGCUAUUAGUGACAUGGAA